AUGUCGUUCUCAGGCAAGAAAUUCAGAAGAGUGCGAUCAGAAAAUAUUGAAGAAAUAGUUAAAGCUACCAGCACAGAUGAAAGAGUAAUACAUAUGUUGACAAGCAACGCACCAAUCUUCUCCUUCACCCGAAUCGAUGAGGACCACUUCAACUUCACACUGCAGAUGAGCAACAGAACCAUGACACAUGACUUCAAGCUGGGAGAGGAACAUGAAAUGGAGAGGCGAGAUGGCUCCAAGGUUAGACUAACAUACACGUUAGAAGGUGACAACGUUUUAAAACAAGUCAUCAUACCGAAAGAUGGAAGAGUAGCAUACUUCAGGCGAGACUUUGGAGAAAAAGAAGCUAAAAUGACAAUCACAAUGGAAGGCACAGAUAUAAAAGCGACAGUAUACUAUGAACAGAUUGAAUAA